CAACUCUAGGUUCAGCUCUCGCCGGAGAAGGGCGGCGGCGGCGCGGCGCGGCGCCGGAGGGAACCUCUGACUCGCAUCUGGAACUCUAUUUUAAGAAACUCUCCAAACAAAAAAAACAAGUCAUGGAGAAGAAUGGGAAUAACCGAAAGCUUCGGGUUUGUGUUGCUACUUGCAACCGUGCUGAUUAUUCUAAACUUGCCCCGAUCAUGUUUGGCAUUAAAACAGAGCCUGAGUUCUUUGAACUUGAUGUGGUGGUACUUGGCUCUCACCUGAUAGAUGACUAUGGAAACACUUAUCGCAUGAUUGAGCAAGACGACUUUGACAUUAACACCAGGCUACAUACGAUCGUUAGGGGGGAAGAUGAAGCAGCCAUGGUGGAGUCAGUAGGCCUGGCCCUUGUGAAGCUACCAGAUGUCCUUAAUCGCUUGAAGCCUGAUAUCAUGAUUGUUCAUGGCGACAGGUUUGAUGCCUUGGCUCUGGCUACAUCUGCUGCCUUGAUGAACAUCCGAAUCCUUCACAUUGAAGGAGGGGAAGUUAGUGGAACUAUUGAUGACUCUAUCAGACAUGCCAUAACAAAACUGGCUCAUUAUCAUGUGUGUUGCACCCGAAGUGCAGAGCAACAUCUGAUAUCCAUGUGUGAGGACCAUGAUCGCAUCCUUCUGGCAGGCUGCCCUUCCUAUGACAAACUUCUCUCAGCCAAGAACAAAGACUAUAUGAGCAUUAUUCGGAUGUGGUUAGGUGAUGAUGUAAAGUGUAAGGAUUACAUUGUUGCACUACAGCACCCUGUGACCACUGACAUUAAGCAUUCCAUUAAAAUGUUUGAAUUAACAUUGGAUGCACUUAUCUCAUUUAACAAGCGGACCCUAGUACUGUUUCCAAAUAUUGAUGCAGGUAGCAAAGAGAUGGUUCGAGUGAUGCGGAAGAAGGGAAUUGAGCAUCAUCCCAAUUUUCGUGCAGUUAAACAUGUCCCAUUUGACCAGUUUAUACAGCUGGUUGCGCAUGCCGGUUGUAUGAUUGGGAAUAGCAGCUGUGGGGUACGAGAGGUUGGUGCUUUUGGAACACCUGUGAUCAACCUAGGAACACGUCAGAUUGGAAGAGAAACAGGGGAGAAUGUCCUUCAUGUCCGGGAUGCUGACACUCAAGACAAAAUAUUGCAAGCACUGCACCUUCAGUUUGGUAAACAAUACCCUUGUUCAAAGAUAUAUGGAGAUGGAAAUGCUGUUCCAAGGAUUUUGAAGUUUCUCAAAUCUAUUGACCUUCAAGAGCCACUACAAAAGAAAUUCUGCUUUCCUCCUGUGAAGGAGAAUAUCUCUCAAGAUAUCGACCAUAUUCUUGAAACUCUAAGUGCUUUGGCUGUUGAUCUUGGUGGAACGAACCUCCGAGUUGCAAUAGUCAGCAUGAAGGGUGAAAUAGUUAAGAAGUAUACUCAGUUCAAUCCCAAAACCUAUGAAGAGAGAAUUAAUUUAAUCCUACAGAUGUGUGUGGAAGCUGCAGCAGAAGCUGUAAAACUGAAUUGCAGAAUUUUGGGAGUAGGCAUUUCCACAGGUGGCCGUGUAAAUCCUCAGGAAGGGAUUGUGCUGCAUUCAACCAAACUGAUACAAGAAUGGAACUCUGUGGAUCUCAGGACCCCACUCUCUGACACUUUGCAUCUCCCCGUGUGGGUAGACAACGAUGGCAAUUGCGCUGCCAUGGCAGAAAGGAAAUUUGGCCAAGGAAAGGGACUGGAAAACUUUGUUACACUUAUCACAGGCACAGGAAUUGGUGGUGGGAUCAUCCAUCAGCAUGAAUUGAUCCAUGGAAGCUCCUUCUGUGCUGCAGAACUUGGCCACCUUGUUGUGUCUCUGGAUGGGCCUGACUGUUCUUGCGGAAGCCAUGGAUGCAUUGAAGCAUAUGCUUCCGGAAUGGCCUUGCAGAGGGAAGCCAAAAAGCUACAUGAUGAGGACCUGCUCUUGGUGGAAGGGAUGUCAGUGCCAAAAGAUGAAGCCGUGGGUGCACUCCACCUCAUCCAAGCUGCGAAACUUGGCAAUGCGAAGGCCCAGAGCAUCUUAAGAACAGCUGGAACAGCUCUUGGUCUUGGGGUCGUGAACAUCCUCCACACCAUGAAUCCUUCCCUCGUGAUCCUCUCUGGAGUACUGGCCAGUCACUAUAUCCACAUCGUCAAGGAUGUCAUUCGCCAGCAAGCCUUGUCCUCGGUGCAGGAUGUGGAUGUGGUGGUUUCAGAUUUAGUUGACCCUGCCCUGCUUGGUGCUGCCAGCAUGGUUCUGGACUAUACAACUCGAAGGAUCCACUAGAUUCCCAGGAGUGGACAUGGGCCGAGACUCAAGAACUUCUUAGUGGAAUCAAGUUCUUUUCUUUUAGAUGAACAUUUCUUACACAGCAAAUUUAGUAUUUUAUUGCAGCGGACACUGGCAGAGAGUGCUUUUGCUUUUCGUCUCUUUUAAAUUUAUCUUUCCUGUGCCCAUUUUUGUAGAUGCUGCUCUUUCUGAUGUUUUCCUACUAGGGGUCAUUUUAGGAGAAGCCUGUAAGUUCCAAUCACAACCUCUUGUGCUAAAAGGAGCUACAAUAAUAGACCAGGGAGCCUUAGGACUCUGCUUACUAAUGUACCACCCAGACCUUGCAGACCUACUUUGGAUGAGAACUUCAUAUGUGUGGGUUAAUAACUCUUUAUCUAACCCCAAACUCGGAGAAUAGAAAGGGAUCCAGUCAGGGAACAGAAGAGUCUUACCAGGAAAAGCUUACCUGAACUUUUUAAAAAUAGCUUUGUUGAAGUAUUUUUUAAAGUGUACAAUUUGAUAAGCUUUGUCUUAUGUAUAUACUUAUGAAACCAUGACCACAAUAAAGACAUUGGACAUGGUGGGCAUGCUGGUGCACACCUAUAAUCCCAGCCCUCAGGAGGCUGAGGGAAGAGGCUUGCAGGUUUGAA